GGCACCAAACCCCUCAUAUCUAACCCCUCAGAUCGAGAUAUCGACUUUUAACACCAAGCAUUUGAGCCUCUGCCUACGAGAAGCGAUCGGUAUCAAACACUCCAUCUGCGCUAUCAAACAUUUUAUGGCAAUACGCAAUAUCCGCCGUACGGGUAUAUACUAGUACCAUUCUCAGUCGUGGCCGUACAAGCUCCUCUCCCGGUAGCCGAACCUUGAUUACCAUGGACGUUAAUGAAGGCAUUUCUUUGGCGGUAUGGACCACUGUCUUAUGUCUUUUUGUCUGUGCGACCGCCGCUUGGCUUUGGUUCUAUGCGCCAGCGGGUUCCGGUACCGCACCGUCGUCUCUAGCGAAGCCUGCUUCAGAUUCUACACGAUCCACGCAGCGAGGCGUCCAUCUCAAUCAAGUCAACAAGGACAAUGGAGACACCGACAUUGACAUUAUUGCUAUCCAUGGCCUCGAUACAAAAUCACCGGAUACGUGGACAUGGCGGGAUCGGCGGAAUCCCAACGUUAGCGUCAAUUGGCUAGCCGAUUUGCUCCCGGUCGACGUAGAAAAGGCACGUAUCUUUACAUUGGACUGGCCUGCCGACCUACUUCAACCGUCAGAUUUAGUCCCGAAGCUUGAUGACGAGAUCGUUACGCUCCUAAUUGAUGGCAUCGACAGAGAACUCUUGGCAAAGAACAAGACAAGAGACAGACCGAUCCUCUUUAUCGCUUCUUGUCUUGGGGGGAUCAUCUUAAUGAGGGCUCUCACAACCCCCCCCAAUCAUGAAUGCACCACGAGCUGUCAUUGCCUCAGGAAAGCAACACGUGGCAUUAUCUUCCUCGCUACCCCGUUCCGAGGGACUUCGUUCCAAGAGGUAGCUCACUGGGCAGAUCCAGGUCUGACCGCAUGGGCAUUAAUCCGCGACCGAAAAGUGAGCAAGUUACUCGAUAGUGUGAAAGGAUCGACCUUUGAGCUUGAAGAACUCGUACGCACGUUCACACGAUUCUGUCAGCAUCCGAACUGGCCCUUUCUAGUAUUCAACUUUUAUGAACUCGGAAUGACGAGUCUGUGGCGCAAGAUAUUCCCUUGGUUACCUACUUUGUUCUUCAAAGGAAAACCGCUGGUUGGGAGGUCCUCAGCAACACUAGACAUCGUCUUAGAGUCACUACCACUCGAUCGGACCCAUGGUCUGAUGAACAAGUUCGGCAGCCGUGGAUGCGCAGAUUACAAGAAGGUUGCUGGAAAAAUCAACGAGUUUAUUGGAAAGAUCCGUGAAGGAACGCCCCUCGCGCAAGCAGAUGCCUGGAUACGUGAGAAGUGCUAUACUGAGGAUAGGCUCAAGAUUGAGCGGCUCUCAGGCACGAAACUGCCGAUGGAUCAGUGUUACAUCAAUCUUUUCAUUAUAGAGCGGACCGGCGAAGAUAAAGACCGUUCGAACAAGAAAUCAGCAAAAGAGUCGGUGUCGCAAUCUUCCCCGUUUUCACUCACCGCUCGACUGAAGGUAGAAACGCCAGACGGGACAAUUCAAGCCUACUUACCAUCGCUCUUCAAGGAACGCGAAGGACCUGACGGUCGCAAAACGCAACCAAGAAGAAUCUUUAUUCGAGGACGCGCCGGAGCAGGGAAGACUACUCUGUGUAAGAAGAUUGUCUAUUCGUUUAUGCAUGGCGAAUGGCCCGAAUGGACUGAAUUAUUCGACCGUGUACUGUGGGUGCCUCUGCGGAAUCUAAAGCUGGAAGAAAGACGACGCCAGGCCGGAUACAACUUCCUCCACCUCUUUAGUCAUGAAUAUUUUUCUAGGCCGAAGAGCAGAAAGGACCUCGCCGAAGUAUUGUCCGAUACAUUGUUUGGUGUACCGGGGAAGAGGAGCAGGACUCUGUUUCUCCUCGACGGCUUAGACGAGGUAUCGCAGGACUUGAGCGAAGGCGAUAUGUCCGGCUUCCUCAAUGAGCUGCUAGAGCAGCCGAACGUCAUCAUCACGUCCCGGCCAUACGGCAAGCCUCCGGCUGGCCUGGAUCUUGAGUUGAAGACGAUUGGGUUCUACCCAAAACAAGUGAAGGACUAUAUCAAAAUGGCUUUCAACGACCAAGAAACAGCUAACCGCGCUCAGUCGUUUCUUAAAAGUCGUAGCUUUAUCCAAGGCCUUAUGCGGAUCCCAGUUCAGCUAGAUGCGCUCUGUUUCGCCUGGGACAACAAAAACGUCAAUGACAGCUCGAAGCUUGACACUAUGACGGACGUUUACCGAGCCAUCAACCAAAGUCUAUGGAAGAAGGAUAUCCCGCGGUUGGAAAAGAAGCACGACGACAAGCUAAUAACAGCAGCUCGCAUCCAACAGGCUGAUCGGACCGAAGUUGAAAAUCACGUUCUAAAGGAGAUUUUGUUUCUGGAAAGCCUUGCUUUUACUGGACUGCAGAAUGACAUAAUUGAAUUCGAAUCAGAACAUCUCGGCCAAAUAUCCGACCGCUUUGUCCGCGAUAUUUCACCCAGUAUGACAGUGCCGUGCCUCUCCUUUCUCCGAACAUCAGAUUCACCGGCGAAAUUUAGCAACCAAACCUAUCACUUUCUACAUCUGACCUAUCAAGAGUACUUUGCGGCUCGGUAUUUUGUACGGCAGUGGAAGACUAAUAAGCCCCUCGAAUACCUGGCACUCCACGGUCGGAAGAAUGAAAAUAAUACUUCUACCACGGCUAUGCAGUUUCUUCGCAAGAACAAAUACGCGGCCCGUUACGACAUUUUAUGGCGCUUUGUUGCCGGCUUGCUUGACGCCGAGGGCAAGGCAGAGGGGUUUUUCCAUGCGAUCGAGGACGAACCGCAUGAUUUGUUAGGUCCUACGCACCAACGGCUGGUUAUGCAUUGUUUGAGCGAAGUGUCAACCGAGAUGUCACUGCGAAAGAGGCUGGAAGUCAAGCUAAAAGAGUGGCUACUCUUUGAAUACAAAUUCACAGGCAAAACACGUCUAGCAAGCGAGGCGGAAUUUCCAGAGUCAGCUUUGUUGGACACCAUGCAAGAAGUAGGGAUCGAUGAAAAGAUCAGAAUUUUGAAGUCGGUAGCAAUACGACCAACGAUCCCGCCAUCCAUCGUCAUUCUGGUUACUUCUUGGCUGGAAGACGGCGAAUUUAUAACCGGGAAAAAGGAUGUCUUACUUGCCUUGCAAGCCCAGUCCAGCUUAUCCAACGAGCUCCUUGCUGCUGUAGUAGCACGUCUAGAAGACGAUGACUGGAGUGUUAGACCGGCUGCCUUAGGUGUCUUGCAAGCCCAGUCUAGCUUAUCCAAUGAGCUCCUUACGGCUGUAAUAGUACGUCUAGGAGACAAGAAUGGGGGUGUUAGAUGGGCUGCCUUAGGUGUCUUGCAAGCCCAGUCUAGCUUAUCCGAUGAGCUCCUUACGGCUGUAGUAGCACGUUUAGGAGACAAGGAUUGGGAUGUUAGGAAGGCUGCCUUACGUGUCUUGCAAGCCCAGUCCAGUUUGUCUGACGACCUUCUUAAUGGGCCGUUUGUUGAACCGUUGUUCAAAUUUCUCUUGCGAGGUAGCUUUGAUGAGCAGUGGAGUUGGUAUGUUAUAGAUAAGACAUCUUGCAUUAACAUGCCAGAAUGGGUUGGAAGGACUAGCAUUGAUAAUGGAAAGGAGUUUAUGAACAUGGUGACGAGAGCAAGGGAUUCCAUCUACGGGUGUGACGAACGGCAGGUCUGA